AUGCCUCCUAAGAAUAGAAAGUAUGAAUGUGAAAAUGAUAACUGUAAGAAAAAGAAAAAAAUUGAAGAGUUAAUUCAAUAUCAAGCAAGAGUUCUUGAUAAUUUUUUGAUAAAUGAACCACAAGUUUCAAAUAGAAGUCAUGAUGUUGAUCAUAUGAAUGUUGAAAUUCUUGAUAGUGUGCACAUUGAAAAUGAUAAUGUUGAUAAUGUGACUAUUGAAAAUGAUAGUGUUGAUAAUGUGUCAAUUGGUGAUGAAGUUAAUAAUGAUGUUGGUAAUCUUGAGGAAGUUAAUGAUGAUGAUGAUGAUGAUGACGAUGUUGAUUAUGAUAUAUUUGAUCCAAGAAAUUGGGAUCUGUCUUCAACCUAA